AUGAACCCCUUACCACCCAUCAAGCGCCACUUCUUCGGCGAAUCCUCCUCCGAGGACGAAGCGGACCGCAAGCGGAACGAUGACUCCGACGAGUAUCAAUUCAAGGACUUCUCAGACGAGGACCCCGGCAACGACUCCGACCUCGCCUCGGAAUACAACCCGGAGUCGCUGCCGCCGUUGGACGAGGGCGACACCUCCUGGAAGGAGUACGACCCGGACGAGGACUACUGGUACGUGGGGACGGAGUUCCUGGACCGCCAGUCGACCCCGUCGCCGACGCAGAUGGAGACCCGAGAGAAGGCGGCGGCGCGAAAGGCGGCGCGUCGCAGGAAGAAAGCCGAGGCGCGAGCGGCGCUGGAGGAACACCAACGGAGACGCGCGGAAUCCCCGACCGAGCCGCUGCUGACCGGGCUCGACGAGAAGCUGGAUCGGUGGGAGGUCACCCUGGCCCUGCACCGGGCGAUUACCUUCCUCGAGGAGGGCCAGGACCGCGAGGCCGAGCACUUCGUCCUCGAGGCCUUUGGCAUCGCCAACCGGCUCGGCGACCCGAUGUGCCUGGCGCGGUGCCAGUACUGGCAGGGUCGGGUGGAGUACUUUCGCGAGAACUACCAGGAGGCGCAACAGUGCUUCCAGGCGUGUCAGGAGGGGAUCCUGGACGCGCCGGAGGGUGAGACCAUCAAGCGGUACUUGCGGGUUUCCAGACCCGGGUUGACCGAGGAAGAACGGCAGCAGAUAGGGGAAUUGGAGCAGGACCGAGAUCGUGCUCAGAACUUGUAUGGCUACUCGCCGCAGUCGACUAGCCCUGUUUCUGCGAGCUUCCACUUCCCCCACCUUCAUGACACAGAGCACGCAUGGGGGAACGAUGGGGAGGAACCACCCAGUGAAGCUAUGCCUUAUGAAACCGAUGAAGAACAGCAGCAAACCGAGAAAUCGGAGCAGGAUCCAGACCGAGCUCAAGGCUUGUACGGGUACUCGCCAGAGAAUGCUAGCCCUGUAUCCGCAGACUUCCACUUCCCCCCGCACACAUGGGGAAAAGAAAAGGAGGACCGGCGACCAUCCAGUAAAGCCACCCCGGAUAAGAACCACGAUGACGGUCGGCGAAGAAUUCUAACUCCCAAGUCCCGCCUGCCAUUCGUAGCAGGGGAGUCCGACCCGGACGGACUCCAGCUGCACCGCAGCCAGAAACAUUUCACGUUCGAGAUGUAUCCGCAGGGCAUGGCGCCACGGACCCGACCGACCAACAUCUUCCCCGAGCAGCGCAACGAGAUCCUGAUGUCGGAGGAGAGCUGGAAGGUAUUCAACGAGUACGUGCAGGACAAGGGCGUCACCAUGAGUUACCUGGACCGGGAGGGACAGAAAUACCGCGAGGCGAUCAAACGGAAGAAUCGGGCAGCAUGGGCUGCGUGGGCGGCAGAGAAGAAGAUCAAUACUUGCACCCUAAUGUAG